GGUGGAUGAUCGGUCAAAUAUCAUUACUUUUUCUUACUGCCCUUGGUGUGGCGUAAAAUUACCCAAAGGGCUGAGAGAGGAACUUUUUAAUGCUUUGAAGAAAGAAUAUGGUGAGGAAAUUAACAUUGGUGAACACAGAUUUCGUGAGGAUGUCUCGCCUGAAUUCAAAAGCGACGAAUGGUGA